AUGAGCUUCAAGAGUACGUGGCACUUGGGAAAGAGAUUGAUCAGCGACAAGCCGUCUAGCUUUCAAAAUAGGGUAAGUUUACAGCAAUAUGUCUUGGAUCCAGUAAAACUUAUAGCUAUACCAAUAACGACUCGCAAAGUAUUUCUAUACCACAAGCAUUCCUCCGAAAUACUGAAUGUGAGGUCGAAUAUUGUGAAGUACGAAACUAAAUUGAUCGGGAAGGCGUCCAAAAUAUGGACUAAUCUGGAGAAUUCUCCCCGCCAAUUCAAUAGGAAGCUCGCGGGCUCUAUUAACUCACUGCUGGACAAGGCGCCUUGGACUGAAGAUUCGCUCAAUUCCAUACCUUCUGAAAACUACAUUUUAAAAACGGUCAUGGAAAAUCAGGAAGAACGCACACUGACGGUCGAUGAAUGGCUCAAAGAUGCUGAGAACCUAGAUAUUCGACCAAUUUACCUGUACUAUCCGGAAAGCGUCUACUCCAAAGCUAUCGUUCGCCAGCAAUUGGAAGCGCUGUGGACGGAGGGGUUGCAUUACCACAAGAAAUACACAUGGCUCAGCAUCCUGGGUAUACCGUUAACGCUACCGCUGGUAUUGAUACCCGUGAUGCCCAAUGUUCCUGGUUUCUAUCUCUUGUACAGGGCCUACCGCAACUACAAAGCCUAUUGUGGUGCAAAGCAUUUGAAGUCAUUAGUGGAAAACAAAAACCAUAAGCUAAUUUUUGCCAAUUUGCCGCAGUAUUCUGACAUUUUAAAAGGCCAGGCAACAGCAACGAAUCCGGACGCAAAAGGUGAGGAGCAGCUUGUAUUGAACGAGAAAGAUCUUGACAGAAUCCUGGAUACUUUGGAGAUCCAUGAAACUCGGAGUUUUCUAAGAAAAGCCAUAUCCCAGGAGCGUCAACGCCUGGAGGAACAUUAA